UCAGUUAAUGGGCCAAACGAAGACGAGACGGAAUAAUUAUCGACAAAAUGAAAACGACCAUUGUGGAGGAGAGGAGUGUGAAUGAAACGAUUGAAACGAUAGCCACGAGCAGUGGCUCCGUCCAGGAGACCAUCGAGAUCGUCAAUAUCAAUGGCUCUGUAGCUCCCAAGCAGCGUCACCAUCAUCACCAUCACAGGCAUCACCAUCACCACGAAAGGCAGGAGAAUGUUGAAGUUGUGGCUACAGAGGAGGUGAUUCUUGUGGAGAACGCCCCGAAAUCAAGGAAGCACCACCACCACAAGCAGAGGACCUCUCCACCACCGCCCCUGCCGCAAACUUCACCACCAUUCCUCACGCCCACCGAAGAAGUGGGUUUCAAUGUGGUGUGGGAACCCCAGGCGUUUUGGAACCAGCCCUCGCCCAAUCCCUCCACCGAUCUAGAUCUCUCUCCGGAGAACGAGGCUGUGGAUGCAGCUGAGACUUUGAACACUACUUCAGCUUCCGAUGAAUUCACCACUGUGGUGUGGCAAUCGGAGACAAAGGAGUCCAUUAGGGAAACACAAAAGCACACAAGAGUGGUCGAGGAAGAAAUAAUAAUUGAUCAAUUGGACCCACCACCCUACGCACCACCUCCACUCCAAGUGCAAACAGGAUUCUUUCCAGUGGCUCAGCAGCCUCCACUUUCGCCCAUCGCUGAAGUGGUACAAACAGAUGUGUUGGUGGAAUCGGUGGAGGCUCCACUGCCACCCACAGGCUAUAUUCCCAGAAUCAAUCUUAAGCCAACAGAGACUAUUGUGGAGAGUGUCGAGGUCAUCGUGCCCGCACAGGUUCAACAAGAGCCGGAGUUCAUUCCGCAGCCGGGAUUUGUGGCCAGAAUUGUGGAGAACAUAGAAGUGGCUGCAGCCUCGAAUUUCACACAGGUGGCAGCUCGAAAGAGUUACUAUCCUCGGCCGGAUUUGGUGGAGACGAUUGUGGAUGAUAUCGAAGUGGUUAAAUAUGAUGCUCCUGUUCAGAGUGGCUAUAUUCCCGGAAAUGUUGCAGUGGAAUCGAUUGUGGAAAAUAUAGAAACUGACUCUCCGUUUCUUCUUCCAGCCAAUGGAUUUGAUACUGAUGAGUCGAUAGUGGAGAACAUUCAAGUCUCGACAGAUUUAGAUGAUUCUCCAUUUCUGCUUCCAGCUGAUGGCUUUGACACUGAGCCAGUCUGUGCGGAAUCAAUUGUUGAAAAUAUUGAAGUCACACCCUCUGAACCUGUCCAGCAAAUAUCAGUUGAAAGUGUUGUUCCUGCAGGCUUUGUCGAAUCUGCGGUGGAGAACAUACAAGUCAUUGAAGAGGAAGAUCCCCCAUUUCUACUGCCCGUAAAUGACUUUACCCCUCAGACAGGCAAUGUGGAAUCUAUCAUAGAGAAUAUAGAAGUAACUACGCAAGUGGAGCCCACCCUAAGACCAUCAGUACAAGUUAAAAAUCUACCUCGAUCUGGAUUCGUGGAGUCUAUUGUAGAAAGCAUUGAAGUCACUGAAGAGGUAGAUCCUCCAAGGCCUGCAAUUCCAAAUGAUUUGGGAACACAGAGCGGUCUAGUAGAAUCGAUAGUGGAAAACAUGGAAGUCGCAGAAAUAGUGGAUUCACAAGCUCCGGCUCCACCACAAAAUGGAUUUGUGGAGUCGGUAGUAGAACGCAUUGAAGUCACUGAAGAAGUUGUACCUCCAAUGCGACCACCACUUCCACUUAGCUAUCCUCCUCGCUCAGGAUUCGUAGAAUCGAUCGUGGAGAACAUAGAAAUCGAACAAGUUACACCUCCCUAUCAACCUCCUCAGCAAAUCGACAUUGUUCCUCAAACUGGUUUUGUAGAAACUGUUGUAGAGGAUAUAGACAUUGAAGAAUCUACUCUAGCGCCAAUACAAAAUGGAUAUGCACCCCAAGGCGAAGUAGUUGAGACAAUUGUCGAAGAGGUGGAAGUAGUACCCGAUCCACCACGUCAAUCAAUAGUGACAACCGAUUUUGUGCCACGUGCAAGUUUGGUGCAAGAACUGGUUGUGGAAUCCCUGGAGGUCACACCAACAUCAUCGCCUCCACCCGAACGGUUUCCAUUUAUAUCCAGAGAGAGCCUAAUCGUAGCUGAUGAUUAUGUGGAGGUGGAGGAAGUCACCCCUUACAAUACGGCACCACAUAGUCCAAUAGUGGAAGUGGAAAGGUUGAGUGAAGCCGAGGCUUAUGUGGAGAUUAGUGAAGUUACCCCAGUUAAUACUCCACCAAGUAGCCCACCUCCACCUCAGAGGCCCAUUGAAGUGGGUUACCUCCCCAGACCCAGCUUAGCUGAAACGGCGGUGGUUGUGGCAUCACUAGAGGUAACUCCAACUCCUACACCGCCACCAAGCCCACCCCUGAAACUCAGAAUACCACCAUCCAAUCAGAUACCUUCGGAGGUGAUUGUGGAGUCAGUGGACGUCACACCAGUGCCAUCUCCACCAUCCAAGCCGCCAGCAAAACCACUUAAUAGUUUCAUACUAACUGAUCUGGUUAUCGAUGAUCCUCCUUUCGUAGAGGUGGUGGAAAGGGAAGUGGUUGUGGAGUCCGCAAACAAUGGCCAAGUAACUGAGGUUAUCGAAGUCACGGAAGAGAUUAUACAGCCCGUCACACCCAUCGCAACUGUUUUGGUGGGUGAGGUAUCCGAGCAAAACAGCGACAAAUUCGGCAAGCGAUAUUCCGUAAGUGCGGCACUAGCUGAUGGACAGCAGCAGCAGCAGCAGGAGCAGGGAAAACCGGAAACGAAUCAGCCAACCCCGAUCCAAAAACGAGAUAUACCCACCGAACCACCGAAGCGUAGAUGUUGCCACUGUAAAUGCACCAUUUCCUAAAUCAGAGGUCAGGGGCUUUCCCCAAGCCUGGGAAUGUAAGCUCCACCUAUCGCAUAUCUAAUCAGCGAAAACAGAAGCCCCCCAAAAAAAAUCACAGUAAUUGAUAGUUAAUUACCGGCGGACACUCGAGGAAAUAGCGUAGAUAAGUGGCAAACUCAAG